AUGGAAGAAGGAUUCUCUGAGUGGACUCGUCUUGAGUACCUCGCAAUUGCCAGAGAUAUUGGCGGAGAAAAUCUGUUCCUCACCUCUAUCGCCCAGUCGGUCGAAGUACCUCAAGAGUUAAUUGCCGCAGGUAUUCAAUGGACGCAUCACGAUAUUACGAAAUUUGCCAAUAUUGACCCAGCUUUCACUGCCGAAAGAGUGUGUUUGCUUGAUCCAGCCGCUACUCAAGAAUUGGUUCCCGAGGAUAAUGAAAAAUUCGAUUACUUCCUGUUUGGAGGAAUUCUAGGAGACCAUCCUCCACGAGACAGAACUGGUGAACUAAGGAAGCAUGGUUAUGUUGGUCGUCACCUCGGCAAGACCCAAAUGACCACCGAUACUGCCGUCCGAGUGACCAAUAUUGUUCUCAGCGAGCAAAGUACGUAUUUAUGA